AUGGGUUUAAUUUUGAAGCGAAUCCAGAAAGAGAGGAAAGCUAGAGAAGAAAGCUUUGUCAAAAACGGAAAACGGGAUGAGGUAAGAGUCUCGCUGAGUGGCCCCGUUCUUCAACCAAGAUGUUUGGUCUCUACUUUAAAACAAAAGAACCUUGAAAUUUUCAACGGCCGUUGGACGCAGAGAUAGUGUUGCUUUCUAACAUUUUUCUGUCCAGGAAGUCUUCAAAAAUGGCCAAGAAAUCUAUCUAUAUCGUGAUGGAGACCUCACGAAAAAGUAUAUCAAGGGCAAAGUGGUCGACAAGAUUACAGUGGUCGAUGGCGAGAAGGAUAGUUUAUAUAAAAUUGAUUCCUCUCCGGUAAACGUGCCUUCGAGUUACUUGUUAAACGCAAAGGAUGGAAAAGACUUGGCGGAUGAGAAAGAAAGAGAAAAGGAGGAUGAUGCAAAAAUGCGGGAGGGCUAG